CUUACAGGGUCAGAACCAGAGAGAACUGGGCUUUCAGCUAUAUUAUUCCAUAUCGGUAUCCCAUUCCUCUGCUUGCUACACCCCUCUAAGAUUGUUUUUCCGGGUGAAAACAGGAAAACCAAGCACGUGCAACCUUACACACGCCUCACUAGGCUGUAUAUACAUCGUUUGAGAUCUCAUUACCAUACCAGUAUGCCAAAAAUUGACGCGAGUUGGGUGACAUCCUUUGUUGAGUGUCUUGCGGUUGGAUCAUCGAGUCCUGAUGACAUCCGCAACGACGUAGAUGCGUUCUUGUCUCCGUCGUACGUUCAGAACAGGCAUGGGGUCAAAUCGAAUUACGAAGACACUAUAUUACACCUUGUUCAGGUCCGGUCAGCCAUAGUGGAGCUUAAAGUAGAGUUGAUCGAUCUAGUCGUGGAUGAGACGAAGGGAAAAUUCGCAAGCCGACAUGUAGCAUAUGUCAAAAAUAAAGAGGGAAAAGAAUCUUCUGUUGAAGUGGCAUUGUUUGGAAGCUUUGACGACGAAGGAAAACUUACAUAUGUCUAUGAGAUGUCUAGGCAAUUGUAAAUAGAUGAGGCUUGCGUCACAAUUCCAAAAGAGAACUCAAAUCAAACGUGAUCGAGUACUGGUUGAGAAAAAGGUUUACUAGCG